CAAGGUUCAUCAGGACAGGUUAGUGACUGAGAGAUAUAUUAUUGUUGGCCUGUUAGGACAAGCAGAAGAUACUAUUGUAUAUAUAUUGUUUUAUCAGAUUGGAGAAAGACCAUCGGUGAAGAUGAAGGGAGGAUGGGCAAGUGAUAGUCCGAAAGACAAACGGAAAAGGUUGUGAUCAAACAUUGGGAUGUUUUAUAUCUAUACAGCAGGAAUUUCACUUUACAGUCACAUUGUUAAUAAAUACAGUCCUCUCUUUAUUGCGGCCACUUAUAAUUGCCAAGACAUAUUUGCAUUUCUUUUUGAAGAUACCCUGUUAAAAUUUUGAAGAUACUUGUUCCGAGUACUCCGGCUUCCUCCCACAGGGGAAAGUUGACAGGGUGGGUUAGGUAAAAGGUCCCACAGUAAUUGGCAUAUGCUGUUGUGAUGACCCUGCCCUAGUUGGCAAAACUAAAUAAGAAAAAACAACAAGAAAAAACCCAGCCACCCUGUUAGUAUGGUCACAUUUUUUUGCAGUAUGUAGUCCAUUUGUAUUUUAUUUUUUAUUUCGUGUUGCAGUACCAUGAAGAAGAGACAAAGUGAUUCUGAUGUGACCACACUGGAUGAGUAAGUUGCUUUGAACUUACCAAGAGAUAUUAUAAAAUAUUCUAUAUCAACGUCUGAUUUAUUUUGUGUGUGUUGUUUUAGUGAAAGAUUAAGAACAGACCACCAAGUAACUGAAGACAAUGAUGGUUUGUAAUAUGUGCCCAUGCAACUUUAUUAUAUUUUACUCUGUCUAAUGCCAGAUGAUGUACCAUGCUUAAUCAGUGGUUGAUUAUAGAUGCAAAUCCAGAAUGUUGACUUCAUGUUGACCAUAAAUUUCUACCUCUCAAUAAUUCUCAUUUUUCUUGUUAUUUCUCAGAAAUUCCAGUCAUCCCUGACUUAGAUGAUUUCCAGGAAGAAGAUCUUGCCAACAAGAUUGCAGCUCCCCCUAGGUUUGCAAACAGUUUUAAACUCAGAUGAAUUUAUCUAGGAUAAAUAAAGUUUAUAAGGUUACCCCUAGUAGCAACAUUGGGCCAAAUACAAGAUGAUCUAGGGCUAGGAAAACAGUUUCAAUUUAAUAAAUCUAUCCAGUGUAAGUAAAGGUAUAGCUUGUUUGAAAUUUUCUAAUUAUUUUUCAGCAUCCAAGUCAAUCGUGUGGCAACUUAUAAGGAACUGGAUAACGAUUUUCAAAAACAUUCCUAUCUCAUGACUUUGGUAUGCAAGUGUUUUACAAAUCUCAUGCUGGUGGUGUGGUUUUCAUUACUUGUGCGCUUGCUAACGUUGCUAAUAUGUCUGUUUCUUUGCAAGGAUGAUGAAAUUGACCUGAAACUCUUGGGAAAGGUUUUAGCUCCAGAAUCAACUGUCUUUGAAGUAAGAAUGACAAGACCACAAAGCCUGGUUUACACUAUCAAAGUUUUGAAGGAUUUGUAAGAAAUGUUGGAGGGAACUGAAACAUUUCUUACAAAUCCUUGAAAACGUAGAAUUUACCUUGAUGCAAAAUUCCUACUGUGAUCACAGAAAUUUUGAUAGUGUAAACUAGCUUUACUCCUAUAAUUUCGCUUUGCAUUUUCUAUAAACCGCUUAAUUAUAUUUUAAUUUCCAGGAAGACAAAGCGUGGGAUUGGGACAGACUCUUUACUGAAGUAUCAUCUGAGUUGCAAACAGAAUGGGAAAAAACGAACAAUGAAAACAGACCCCAACCAUCAGCCGAGUGAUGGAUUGUCGAAUGUACAUAUUCAUAUAAAUGUAGUUGUAAUUAUUGUAAAAAUAUUGUACGUUGUAAAAAUGUCUUAGUUUGACGCGUUUUUAAAACUCGUGUAUACGAUAACUUUAAUGGUUGUAAGCGUUGGACGAGUUUUACCCUGUACUAGAUGAGGCAGCACAUGCUGGUCUACUGUAGAAGGAAAGACAGUUCCCUGAAGUUACUAAGAUUGUUCACUGUAUG